CAGCGCCGCCAGCGCCGCCUGCCGCGAGCCCGAGCCGGAGCCGGGCCGGGCGGGCAGAGCAGCUCGGCCCCGCGAACCCUCCGGGAUGCCUGAGUGUGUCUCUGCCGCCCGCAGCCUGGCUCCCAUCAUGAGCGCCGAGCUCAACGUACCUGUGGACCCCUCCACUCCCGCCUGCUCGGAGCCCGGCCACAAGGGCAUGGAUUACCGGGACUGGGUCCGCCGCAGCUACCUGGAACUGGUCACCUCCAACCACCACUCUGUGCAGGCCCUCUCCUGGAGGAAGCUCUACCUGAGCAGGGCCAAGCUGAAGGCCUCCAGCCGGACGUCCGCCCUCCUCUCGGGCUUUGCCAUGGUGGCCAUGGUGGAGGUGCAGCUGGAGACUCAGUACCAGUACCCACGGCCGCUGCUCAUCGCCUUCAGCGCGUGCACCACGGUGCUGGUGGCCGUGCACCUGUUCGCGCUGCUCAUCAGCACGUGCAUCCUGCCCAACGUGGAGGCCGUGAGCAACAUCCACAACCUCAACUCCAUCAGCGAGUCUCCGCACGAGCGCAUGCACCCCUACAUCGAGCUGGCCUGGGGCUUCUCCACCGUGCUGGGCAUCCUGCUCUUCCUGGCCGAGGUGGUACUGCUCUGCUGGAUCAAGUUCCUGCCCGUGGACGCGCGCCACCAGCCCGGCCCCCCGUCUGGCCCCGGGGGCCACACGGGCUGGCAGGCCGCCCUGGUGUCCACCAUCAUCAUGGUGCCCGUGGGCCUCAUCUUCGUGGUCUUCACCAUCCACUUCUACCGCUCGCUGGUGCGCCACAAAACCGAGCGGCACAAUCGCGAGAUCGAGGAGCUGCACAAGCUCAAAGUGCAGCUGGAUGGGCACGAGCGCAGCCUGCAGGUGGUGUGAGCGUGCGCGCUCCUGGGCGGGGCCGAUGCCGUGUCCGCGGCCGCAUCCCCGUCAGCCCAGCGUCCAGGCCUCGCGUCGGGAGGGAACAGAACUCGC